AUGGAGUGGCUGGGUUCACCCUUAGGCCCCACAUUUGCUAAUGCUUUUUUGUGCUAUCAUGAACAAAACUGGUUGAACAAUUGUCCAACAGAAUUCAAGCCCGUCUACUUUAAAAGGUACGUUGACGAUAUUUUUGUGUUGUUUUCAUCCCCGGACCACUUGCCAAAAUUUCAAAAUUACUUGAAUAAAUGCCAUCCUAACAUCUCUUUUACAUCAGAGACGGAAAAGAGCAAUAAAUUAUCUUUUCUUGACAUAUCCAUUACUCGCGAUGUGGACCGAAAGUUUAUUACAUCCAUAUAUAGAAAGCCUACUUUUAGCGAAGUUUGGCCAAUUUUCCAUCAUGAGGUUAUUAGAAUCAAAGAUAUCUUUAUUCGAAAUGGUUAUCCAGAACUAUUUAUUGACAAGGUCAUAAAACACUUUUUUUUAAUAUCUCGCAAAACCAAAGAAGUCACCCACACAGCUGAGAAGAAAAACAUUUUGAUUGUUCUCCCUUUUUUAGGUAAAACAUCUUUACAAACGAGAACGAAGUUAGAAAAACUUUUUAAAUCUACUUUGCAUUGUUGUAAACUUUCUGUUGUUUUCAGAACUCACACUCGCUUAUCUAACUUCUUCAGAUUUAAGGACCUGUUGCCCAAAGAAUUAAAGUCAGGCUUCAUUUACAGAUAUAAGUGCAGUGGCUGCAACGCCACUUAUAUAGGUGAGACGUCGCGUCAUCUUAAGGUUCGGGCAAGCGAGCACCUCGGAGUGUCUCCCUUAACAGGUAAGAAAUCAACCUCAUCUAUUUGCACGGCAAUUAAAGAUAGUAUACUCUCUAGGGGUAACAACCGGUAUUUGCUGGAGAUUAAAGAGAGUUUCUUCAUAAUGCGGGAUAGUCCCCAGUUGAAUAACAACAUUAGAUCUGCUCCAUUGUAUUUAUACAAUUAG